GUUGCGUUUCGUAUACAUUAGCGUCGUUACGUGCCGAAAUGGCAAACCGUAUAUUUAAUGGUCACGUUUAGCUGCUUUACCGAUGUAUUUUAUUCCCUGAACAUUACCCGAGCCCCAGGAGCGUCCCGGUUGGUCAUUACUUACCACCUGGUACGUCCGAAAUGGCACAUUUCAUUCAUUGUUGCUAACAUUAGCUUAGCUUAAUGCUAUUUUCGGGUUGGUUAAACAUGCCCACCUGAGGAAAACCUCGUCGAACUGUUGUGUAACAAUACAGCAACAAUACAGCAACACUGAAUUGCAGUGGCGGUGUACUUUAUGUAGUCUGUGUGCUGACAACGCGUUUACAGGCGAGGGGAGCAACCUAAUUUAUAUUGCAGCCAUUUAUUUCAAUUGUCAUGGACUAUGAAGACAAGGCGAAUGAGGUGGCGGAGUGUUUGCAGAGCUACAGGAACGAUGCGUCUGGUUGGAAAGUUUGCAAACGAUCGAAUGACACGGUGGUCUCAUGGCGUCCUUCCUCUGAGUUCCCAGGGAAUGUGUAUAAAGGUGUUGGUGUUAUAAAUGGCAGCCUGGAGAAGGUCUGGGAUUGUCUGAAACCGGUGCCGAAAGGACGCAGAGUCAGCUGGGACAAUAAUGUGAAAAAGUUUGACCUUUUGGAACAAGUCACAGAGGAUAUAUCCAUCUGCCGAACCGUCACGCCAUCAGCAGCCAUGGGUAUCAUAUCUCCACGAGACUUCGUAGAUGUUAUUUUAAUCAGGCAACAUGAAGAUGGCGCCAUUUCCUCAAAUGCCACUAAUGUGAGCCAUCAGGGCUGCCCCCCCCAGUCUGGUUACGUGAGGGGAUUCAACCAUCCAUGCGGCUGCAUAUGUGUCCCCAUAUCAGCGGAACCCAACAAGACCCAGGUGUACACGUUCUUCCAGACAGACCUUGGCGGCUUACUUCCUCGUUCUGUGGUAGACUCCUUCUUCCCUUCUAGCAUGAUCGAGUUCUACAGCAAUUUGGCCAAGACUGUUAAAUCUCUCAAGGACGUCUGAAUUACAAAACCUGAUCUCAAGAUGUACAUUUCAUCGGAAAAGGUAGUUAGCAUCUUCUUGAUACUGGAGCAAAGCCCCGUGUAUUUGCUGCUGUCAGUUUUUUUUAAAAGUAUAAUUACUCCUAAAGUACAAGUACAAUUGAAACAGACCUAAAAUGAUACCUUGCAUUAUGAAAUAAGAGAAAUAUUUCAGGAAAAUAAGGGAAAUUCAGAUUUGUCACAAGAAUAUCCACCAGCAGAGUUAAAAUAUGGGUUGCCUAGCUAACGAUGGUCGCUAGGUCAAAUACAGUAGACCUUGGUAAACAUACUCUAAUUCAAACUUUAUUUCCCAUAAGAAAUCAUGGAAAUCCAAUUAGUCCACACACUAAAUCACAUUUCUAUAGUUUUACAAUUAUAGUUUUGCAUUCCGAACACAAUUCCAAAUACAUAUAAAUGAUGAAAGAAAGGGAUAAAUAAACAUGUCAAGUUAUUACCUUUGUUUUAUUGUAUUUCUAUUCAAAGAAAUACAGUGUUUAUCCAGGUAAGACAAUUGAGAACAAAUUCUGCAAUUCCGACCUGGCCAAGGGGCAUUAGACAAAAUAAAAGUCAAUUACCUAGACAAAUUAGAUUAUUAUGUGUGAAUUAGUUAGCAUUUUCUUGAUGAAUUCAAGAAAUGUAAAAACAGAUGCAGCAGUUAAGCACAAUUUCCCUCACCAACUUUUUAAAUGAUGAUUUGUCGAUGAAUUGGAUGAGUUUUGUUUAUGGCAGGUUAUUGCAGUCAUUUCAGGCAUACAACAUUUAAAAGAUGUCAGACCUGGGGAAUAAGGAGGUUAAUGACACUGCCAGAGCAAAUAACACGGGUAUGGGUAUUAGAUGGUGAGCAAUGGGUGAAGUCUUACCAAUGACUGUAUGUGAGGGCCAAUUGACUAGGGGGUACAGUAGGGAUGCUCUGAUUGGGGUUUUAUGCUGCUGAUUCCAAUAACGAUCCUCCAUGACUGAAAUCAGCCGAUACCAAUCACACAUUUAAUGUUGGCUAUAUGAUCAAAUAUAAAAGGGGGACCAUAAAAUCACCUUCAAUGAGGAAAAAAACAUAUUUGACAUUUUCAAGCGAACACCAUAUCGCUGUUUUAACUUGGAUGAGACUCCGCCACCCUGGCGAGAUAUUUUUUUUUGUAGUUGUUAGCAACCAUCAGCUUAUGUAGUUUUAUUAGGAGUUAUGUAUGUUUAAAUGCAUGAAACCAAGACCCUUAUGGUUACAAAAGGAGAUCAGAGUUAGAGCGCACUGGAGGUGCAUAUAUGAUCCAUAUAUGGCGUUACAAGUUCGAGGUAGUCGUUACAGGGUUGGGUUGCGCUUAUAUGAAUUCAUGUUGUGACCUUCUGAACAGUAAUUUCAUGCCGUUACACUGAACAGAACAGUAGCGGUCAUUUUUUUCUUCCCUUUUAUGACAUGACAGCCUAAUGUGGCGCUGCAGUGCAUGCAUUCCAUUCUCUAUCACUUUAUACUCUUCAGGAAUUGAACCUCUGUUGCGGCAAAGGGAAUGGACGUGUACUGUGUAUUCAUUCUUGGAGGGGAAAUUGACUUGGGUCAAAGUGUCUUUUCGAAGUACUUUGUAAUCCAUUAUCACUUGAUACUGGAGUCACCAUCAACCAUACAGUAUAGGAUUUUACUCUUUGUUUACUUUUGUGUUUACUUUUAUAUUCCACUUUAAUAACUCAUUGAGCCUAAAAACCUCAAAUAGGGAAUUUGUGUGAUGUCUUUUUUGUUUUUUUACUAUGGAAAAAAAUGUGCAUUAUUAUUUUGAAUGCAAAUAUCAAAUGUAUAAUUCAAAGAUGUGUGUUUACAAAUGUAUCAAGCAACAAUGUUGUGCUUUUAAAUGUUUUAAUGUCAUGUUUUUCAAUCAUCAAUAACUUCCAGUCAUGUGUCCCAUUGUUCUCUGUGCUGGACUUGAGGACUUACACGAAGUACUACUAACGUGAUGAGGAUGCAUCAAGGUGCUGAAAGGUGUGUGUGUGUGUGUGUGCCUCUCGCAGUAUUCUUAAGACAGAAAUUCACAAAGCCAGUCCUAUGUUCAGUAAAUAUAUGCAUUAAGUGUCAAGUCAAGUAGCACAGCUUUGUAUUUUAUUCAGGCAUGUUUUGUUCCUCCAAAAGACGAUGGAUCAAAGAUACCAUAAAAAAGGAACUAUUGUG